AUGAAUGCUUUUCUCAGCUUUAUGCUCUUUGUGAUUCCGUGUGCGGCAUGGACAAUUCCUGGCGUUGGUUUUGCCACUAUGACCCAUUACUACCUCCCCAUGGGUGCUAUAGCAGCAUGUGGUUGCACAGCGGAUUCAAAUCAUUUCCCCACUGCUGCGCUCAGCUCCCUGGCAUAUGGUUCACUUAGUGCCUACGGUCCUGGAUGUGGGCGAUGUUUCCAUGUACGACUUGUCAACACAAUCGCCAGUGACCCAAUAUGGUACCCAGCCAACCCGCCUUCCCUGGUCAUCAAGAUAACUGACGAAUGUCCCGACGGGGGACCAUGGUGCAAUGCGACUGAAGACUCUCCUAAUGCAGCAGGACUGUUCAUCAACUUCGAUCUCGCAUGGCAAUCUCGAUCUGAAGGUGAACAGCAUGACAUACCCUACGAUUGGUUCCCUUCAAAUGUCUCGUAUUAUGGAUAUGACGAUUUUGGCGUUUGGAAUGUCUCUUACACAGCCAUCCCGUGCAAAGACAAUUGGGCAGGCUGGAACCAUCGAGAAGCGCUUGGAAGUGUAUCGAACCUAGGGCCCGACGCGGUUUGUUGUCCAGCUGAUCCGCUUACAUAUCCAAAUACCACCUGCCCCUCACAUUCAGAUGGUGGAGUUGGACCCAACACAACAAAUCAUGCUGUGCCUAGAAUAUCUCCGCCAACACGGACGACUUUACCAUUUAUGCUUCCGAUGCUUGGAAUCACUCUACUCGAGGUCCUGAAUGUUGUAGUAUCAUGA